UCCUCCACCCCCACCCCCUCCCCCCCCUUCUCUUCUUCCUCCUCCACCUCCUCCGCCUCCACCUCCACCUCCUCCACCUCCACCUCCACCUCCACCUCCACCUCUUACUCCUACAUUACACUUGAUGUCAGCUAGUACCACUGGUCCGUAUCAUGCUGCAGUUGAUGCAAAAAAAUUUGUAGAUUCACAGAUUGUGAGAGACAACAUGCACCACUCUAUGGCUGAACCCAUGACUGCACCCAGAAGUAGCCAACCUAUCAAUGAUGCAGUGUGCUAUCAAGACCCAGAACAAAGAGGCAUGCAUAUGACGGUACCAGAGCCUUCAUGUUCUUUCAAGACAUCCAUGGCACAGCCACAACACAGUUUCCGGUAUUCUGAUGGUGCUACCCUGCAACACAAUGGCUAUCCAUUACGACCACCUCAACCUGUGCCAUCUGAUCAGUUUUCUUUCGUUCACAGGGAACAAUUGAAACCUCCUCGGGAUGGUCCACCACCACCACCACCACCUUUCCACUCCCAUAGGCAUCACUUUGUGCAGAACAUGCAAAGAGAGAACUUCUCUAGCAAUCACGAUAGAUCAAAACCACCUCCAUAUGACUAUCAAGAGAGAUGGAAUCCUCCCAUGCCUUAUUCUGGUCCUCAGUAUCAUGACAAUGGUAUGCAUGUACCUUAUGGUUGCCACCCGUGUGAAUCUACUAGUUUACCAGGUCAGGGAUGGAGGUUUCCUUCCCAGUCAAUGAAUCACUGGGAUUCCAUGCCUUACAGACCACCCUAUGAAGAUGCAGUUCCAGUAGCUAACCGAGGCCCAAGCUAUUGGCGACCGAGAUGAACAUAUAUUUCAAGAAAUGAUGACUGAUAUGACCCACUUUUGGCAUGGGAUCUGGCUAUAUAUAGGAGGUGAAUCUAAAUUCAUUACUCUGUACAUGCAAGACAAGGAUAAUCUGAGUUAUGAUGAAUCUCUGCACAGGACUAAAUCAUAUUCUAUUAGAUUGUAUAUAUAUGUGUCUCCUCUUCUGCAGAAUGCAGCAGAGCAGGAAGUCUCAUUGUAGAUUUUUUGGAGAGCUGUAACUUAUCUAGGCAUCAUGUAUCAAAUUUUUUGUUCCAAAUUUGCAUAUAAUUUAUUUCAUAGAGGCCCUUAUAUAUAUGUUAGAACAACAUACAAUUUUUUUUGGGGAGCUGUUUCUUGAAGACGUUCUCUAAUUUAUGGAAAAGCUUUCCUUGGCCAA